CCUUAUCAAAACUCAUUGAGUGAUAAAAAUGAUAAAAUUGUAUACAACCAAGUUAACGUAAAACCGCCACGCGAUCAGUUCCAAACCACCGACUUCAAGACAUUUCCUAAUGUUUUAUUACGCUACAAAAGUGGGGGCAAUACUCCGUAAUACACUGCUGAAAUAAUAAUUAACUGUCGACGUUCUAACAAUAUGUUUCCGAGCAAAAUCCACUCCAUUUAAUGGUGUUACCACAAAAAUACCAUUUUGCAAGAUGAGUGCAAACAUUUACAUGAUGUCGUCGUCGAAACCUCGAGAAUCCCGGAUUCCGGUCGCAUCCCCCGUCCCACUGCGUCGCUCCGGAAGCGUCCGACUCCGGGCGAAAAGUCCGAACCGCAGUGCGAACCUCCAACGUGGGACUUCCUUUAUGGAGAGGGGUGAGCGGUAUGCCAAACAUGGCGCUCCCGGAAUCCCGGAGUCGCCAUCCCGGAGUUUGAGUUUGCAUCGAAUCACCCCCAAUACACCCCCCACAACCCCCGAUGGCCACACUUGUGAUUGGGACAGCGAAAGUCUCACUAGUGUGACCAGUGUGGGGUCAUGUGACCAUGCAAGUGUGGCGAGGAAUGGCACCACAUUCUCCGGGAGGAGCAUGAAGUAUGUUUUUCAUUGUAGUCAACAUUCGGGGGCCACCGGCGAGGAUUAUUUAACCCCCACACAAAGACUCCAUCGACAGGUGAAGAAAUUGAAGAUUUUGUUGCAUCAAGCCAAGAAGGAGCUUGACGAUAAAGACAGUGAUAUUCUGAAGUUGACCAAAGAAGUUGUCGAGUUGAGGUUGUACAAAGCGGCGUUCAAUUCACCGGAAGAUAGGUCCAAUUCCAGUGAUGCCGUCACUGUUAGGGAAAAUACAGACGAACAGAUUACUCCGGAUGUUGAUACCGCUGAUAGGAGUGUUGUGCAGAACGAAAUGACCAAUUCUUACACCGAUUCCGGGCAUUUUGACGACUACAUCAAUUCACCGGUUGCGACAAGAAGUCCGAUGAAACGCAAGAUGGACUUGGCCGACAAGGCCAUAACGGCGGCCCUCGGCGACAAUAACGAACACACCAACCUGAUUCUCGAAUACGAACGCCGACUUCAAGAAUUGGUCAAAACACACGAAGAAGAAACCCACCAAUUGAAACAAAAACACAACGACAAAAUCGAAGAACUUUUAGAAAGAAUCACAGAAAUCAACAAACGCUAUUGGGAACUAGUCCCCGAAUUAGAUUUAGCCAAAUCAAAAAUAAAAGAAUUAGAAUCACAAUUGGAAGACGCGUGCCAAAAACUGGCCCAACAAGAGGAGAAACAAAAGAAGACUUACCUUGAAAUGUACCAAAAAGGGCAAGAAGCGGCGAAUCUAGAGCGCGAAAAUAGGGUCAUAGAAAUUGCCAAACAAGGACCAAGUCGCAUUUCAGUCCCCGAGCUUCUAGAAGAGUUACAAGUGACGAAAAACGAGCUCGAAAACAUCAAGGACUUAGAGUACGCCUCAACUUCUAACAACUUACAGCCUUUACUUAGCGCUAAAGAGGCGCUCUCGUUGUGGGUACUUGGUGCCAGAAAGGCAAUGUACCGACAAUUGAUCGAAGCCAAAAACAAGAGCAAAAUUGAUCCGGAAAUCACCCUCCAAUUCCUCAAAUCCGCCGUUUAUUAUUUUCUCACCGACAAGGAGAACAGUCAGGGUCAUUUGAAAGCCAUUCAGAGUAUUUUAGGCUUCACACCUAACGAAAUUUCUAGUAUAGAUAAGGCUAGGCUGUCCUAAUUUCGACUGUGCCUAAUUAUUACGCACGUUUUCUCUAUGUUACGCACUCUAGAAUUAAAAAAAAAUGGUCCGAUGGAACGUGAUAGCUAUUUUUUCAAGGUUGCCUUUGAGAGAGAUUAGUUGAGUAUUAUUAAUUAGCAAAAUGUUUUAUUGUUAUUGAGUAUAUUCUAAAAAAGGGACUGGUGCAAUCCUGACGUAAUCAGAGCAUUUUACGCGCUUUCUUUUGUUAGAAAAUGACUGUUAUAUUUGUAAGUUUAUUUAUUGGUGUUCAAUCGUUACGAAUAAAGUAUUUAAAU